AUGUCCCCGUCGUCCCCGAGUUUUGCUUCAAGCUGUAACUCUACAGCAGAAAAUUCUAGUCACAAGGUCGGAGCUUUCAAACGUGCUUUAUUGUUUGCCGAUUGCAUCAAGUGGCGGGACGACCGUGACGUUGCUCGUGAAAAGGAGACGCUGCCUUUAAUUCCAGAGACUCGGGGUAGUGAUCAAAAACACGACCUGUUGAAGCGUCAAGAUGCCGAUAAUAAAGAUAUUGCACCGAAGAGGACGGGCUCAAGUUGUAAGACUUUGCUACGGGCACUGGAAAUUGUGGUCGUUAUGGUCGUGGUUGCUAUUAGUCUAAAGGUACUGUCGACCAGAUCAAUUGGCCAUGGGGUCCAAAAAGCACCAACGUUUUCACUGCAUCGUUCUGGUGGCAAAUUUAUAAGCGGUGGCAAUCGUCUGCGCUCUUUUCUUCGUCACAUGAAGACUCGAUCACCCGAGCUGAGUAAACUCUAUACUGACAAAGAGGUUCCGCUAGGCAUGAAUGUGGAGCUAGAGCGAUCUAUGGAUAUUUACUGUCGUGGGCCCUUGUUGCAUGCUGUUCAGAUGGCCAACGUCUACUCGGAUAGCAAGUACUUUGUCGAUAUGCCCAUCAAGGUAAACAGCAGUGCGUUUGACAUCUUGAUGGAUUUCCAGCAUCGUGAACUGGCGAUGACCGAGUACCGAGACAACGUCCAUCACACGCACGAGCAACAAUUGCGGCGGUUUAUUGAUGACCACUUUGACUUGCCAGGAACGGAUCUGCUGCCGAUCACGCCUAUCGACUACCAGGAGCAAUUUCACCCGCCUAUGGUAGCUGACAUACAAGACGAAGAACUCCGGGAAUGGGCGUUUAGUCUGCACCAGAUAUGGCCGAGUCUUGGGCGAAUUCGCAACCCGCACGUGAAAGGAUCACUCCUUGGUUCUCGGAAGCUGGGUGAACCAAUUCUGAAUCAGCCUGCUAACGUGUUGAUUGUACCCGGUGGACGCUUCCGCGAAAGCUAUUAUUGGGAUUCCUACUGGAUUGUACAAGGACUUUUGGUGAGUGAUAUGGCCGUCACUGCACGUGGCAUUGUAAAUCAUCUUCUGGAGUACGUGUUUGAGUUUGGGUUUGUGCCCAAUGGAGGGAGAAUCUACUAUUUGACGCGGUCCCAGCCGCCCAUGCUCUCGGAUAUGGUCAAAUUAGUUGCUCGUCUUUCAGUUAACGGCACCGACACGGAGUACGAUGACGAAUAUCUACGAGCUGCAUUGCCUAUUCUGGAGCGUGAGUAUGACUUCUGGAUGCAGCAUGGACCUUGUGGGCAUGCAGUCGAGUUAACACGAGGGGAUUCGAGGGCGGGAGCAACGAAUAAAACCACAUACGUUUUGAACCGCUACACGUCCAAUGCCAACCAUCCACGACCCGAAUCGUAUCGGGAGGAUGUUUUGAUUGCUUCUGAAAUUUUUGACCGCACCAUUCAUAUGGACGAUGGCAAUGCUGCGGCCACGGAGCGACACAAGGACAAGUACUACAACAAUGUGAUUGCUGCUGCCGAGAGCGGGUGGGACUUCAGUAGCCGCUGGUUGCGAGACCCAUUAGACAUGACAACGAUGUUGACUUCUUCUGUGGUUCCUGUUGAUCUGAAUUCGAUCAUGUACCGGGUAGAACGCAACCUGAUGGAGUUUAACGAACACUUUGGCAAUAAAGAGCAGGCACACUUUUUUGAGCGCGCUGCUGCUAGACGACUCGAAGCCAUUGACGCAAUUUUGUGGAGCGACAAGCAUCAAACCUGGAAGGAUUACGAUCUGGAGACGGACACUCAUUCAACUAUUGUUUCUGUAUCCGACUACACACCGCUGUGGGCGAAAGCGUACAAUGCAACCAACAUUGACCGUCUGAAAAACGUCGUGACUUCACUCAAGAACUCAGGACUAAUUCAAGUCGGUGGUGUGCAAACGACAACCACUUUUUCGGGUCAACAAUGGGACUCGCCCAAUGCAUGGCCGCCGGAGCAAGAUAUUGUCGUAGAGGGCUUGCUGGCCGUUAAUACCACGGAAUCGCACAAUUUGGCUCGCGAGUUGUCACAAAUAUGGACACGAACUAGUCUUACGGCUUGGAAGCAGUCGGGUUUGAUGUUUGAAAAGUACAAUGCGUCUGAAAUCGGUGGAUUAGGUGCUGGCGGUGAGUACUUCUCGCAGUUUGGCUUCGGUUGGACAAACGGCGUGAUUUUGAAAUUCCUCACGAUUCAUCAGAAUCUUUUGCUUGCAGAUUAA